AUGGGAGUUUUCACGUUCGUUUGCAGGAGCUCUGGUAAGGAGUGGAGCGCCAAGCAGAUCUCUGAUGGCGAUAUCGAGGCCUCCGCUUCCUCCACCUUCGAAUUGCAAAGGAAACUCGUCCAGUCUGCUCUGUCCGCUGAUUCCUCCGGUGGCGUCCAAUCCUCUUUCUCUUACGUCACUCCUGCCUCCGCCGUUUUCCAGGUGAUCAUUGGUGGCAGCUGCGGUGGAGCCUUCUUUGGCGGCGGCGGCGGAGGUGCAGCAGCCGCAGCUCCAGCAGCAGCGGCAGCUGAUGCACCUGCUGCUGAGGAGAAGAAGAAGGAAGAAGAGCCAGAGAGUGAUGACGAUAUGGGAUUUUCUCUUUUUGAUUAG